UCCUAAAGCAUCAAGCAAAAGUACUAAAAACACAUAACAAAAACCAUCACUCAUUUUUUCUUACAUUCUAUCAAGUGAUAAAAAAAAACAACUUUUAAGCAACUAUGGCUAGCUCAGCUUUUGUGAAAUUCACUUGUGCACUUGUUAUGUGCAUGAUGGUGGCUGCACCACUAGCUGAGGCCAUAACUUGUGGCCUGGUGGCCAGCAAACUUGCCCCCUGCAUUGGCUACUUGCAGGGAGCCCCCGGCCCCUCGGCCGGCUGCUGCGGUGGGAUUAAGGGCCUCAAUAGCGCGGCUGCCUCCCCUGCUGACAGGAAAACUGCAUGCACUUGCCUCAAAUCUGCUGCUGCUUCCAUGAAGGGAAUCAAUUAUGGAAAGGCCGCUAGUCUCCCUAGACAAUGUGGUGUCAGUAUUCCCUACGCCAUUAGCCCUAACACCAACUGCAACGCCAUUCACUAAACGGAGUAAUAUUGAAGUUGAACAUGAUAAAGAUGGAGCUACCUAGGAGUGGCCCAGCUUAUUAGUAGAGCGUAUAAUAAUAAAAAGUUACUUGUAUUUCCAGUUUCAUGCAUGCACCUUUUGUACUUCAAUUAGUUUUUACAUUAUGAUAUUACUACUACAACUA